UGUUUACUUUAUUUAUAAACAUAUAAUUUUCUUUAAUAACGAUUAAUCUUCAUAAUUUGUCAUGUGCUCAAAUCUAACCUAUGAUAUUAAGUUUUAUAAAGAUAUAUGUUUUUUAUUAACAUAAAACAUAUAAUUGCAGGCAUUAAAAAGUCAGUUAGAUUAUCAUGGAUGCUUUUGGUGACAAUUUUGUAAACGAUACGGAAGUAGAUCCUGCCGCAGAAUUUCUAGCAAGAGAACAAGAUCAAUUAGCAGGAUUAGAAGAUGAAAUUCCUCCUGUCUCUAUGGCUAUCCCAGCUACAGCUACUAAUGGAGAAGUAGAGGAUUUAUCUGGAAAUUUUGGCAGUUUAAAAAUUGGUCCAGGUAGUGAUGUUGAAGGUAGUUUCGAAAUCAUAGAUACGAUUGGACAGACCACUGAAUCUCAAACACUACCUGCUCUAGAUACAGUAGUAUCAGCACCACCAGUAAAAGAAGAACCAGAAAAGAUACGAAAAUGGAGAGAAGAACAGAAAACACGUCUUGAAGAAAAAGAUGCUGAAGAAGAAAAGAAAAAAGAAGAAUGGAGAGAAGCUGCAAAGAAAGAAUUAGAAGAAUGGUAUAAGCAUCAUGCAGAGGCAAUUAGCAAAACCAAAACAACUAACAGGGAAUCAGCCAAGAAUGCAGAGAAGCAAUUCGUUGCAGAAGCAGACGAAGUGGAGCCUGGUACAGAGUGGGAACGUAUCGCGAAGCUAUGUGAUUUCAAUCCUAAAUCAUCUCGUACUUCCAAAGAUGUAUCUCGAAUGCGUUCAAUUAUUUUGCAAUUAAAGCAGACACCACCUGCUCCUGUUAAUGUUUGAUAGAAUCAAAAGCUCUUACCUUACAAAUUAUAGGUAUUAUAAAUAACAACAUUAAUAACAAAUAAUGAGGAAAGAUGUAUGCAGAUUCCGAUCAUAUUAUUAAAACAAUAAGUUGGAAGUGUUCUGUUAAUAAAAGAUGUACUAUUAUUGUGAAUAAAAGUUAUUAAUAAUAAGUGAAAA